UGUAACUGCAACACCAUCGACACUCGCCAAGAUAUCGGAACAUGGAUUAAUAACGUGGUUGUUUUUAGUUUUAUCCCACGUUAUGCGAAGUUUCGGUCAGAAAGAACCAAAUACAUUAAGACAUGGUGAUAAGACGACCGCAUUCAUUCAGAGUUUAGACAAUUGGUUAAGUCUGGCGUUUGGUUGUAAGCACUAGCUAGCUUAGUUGCUAACAGCUGAUCCGGAGGAAGCUGUCAACACACAAGAGGAACAUCCGAACGACAAGACAUACGAGCAGAUUGACGAUUAAGAAUUGCGAGAGCAUCAGUGUGUGAAAAUCAUGGAGCUGGCUCACAGUCUCCUGCUCAACGAGGACGCGUUGGCGCAGAUCACCGAAGCAAAGAGGCCCGUCUUCAUCUUCGAAUGGCUGCGUUUCUUGGACAAGGUCCUCGUAGCAGCUAAUAAGGUGGAUGUGAAGGAGAAGCAGAAGAAGUUGGUGGAACAAUUGACAGGAUUGAUCAGCAGUGCUCCAGGCCCACCAACAAGAAAACUGCUGGCCAAAAACCUUGCCACACUCUACAGCAUUGGCGACACAUUUACGGUGUUCCAGACGCUGGAUAAAUGCAAUGAUAUCAUCAAAAGCAAGGAUGAUACUCCUGCAUACUUGCCAACAAAACUUGCUGCAGUAGCGUGUGUUGGUGCUUUUUAUGAAAAGAUGGGCAGGAUGCUUGGAAGCUCCUUUCCAGACACCAUUAAUAAUCUUUUAAAGGCAUUAAAGAGUGCAGAGUCCCAGGGCAGAGGAGAAAUACUCAUCAGUCUGCAGAAGGUGCUCAGUGGACUGGGUGGAGCUGCAGCUUCAUGUCACAGAGAUAUUUACAAGAAUGCCCGCUCUUUACUUACAGACAGGUCAAUGGCUGUGCGAUGUGCAGUGGCAAAGUGCCUUCUAGAGUUGCAGAAUGAGGCAGUAUUCAUGUGGACUACAGAACUAGAGAACAUGGCUACACUAUGUUUCAAGGCCCUUGAAGGAUCAAACUAUGGUGUCCGUGUUGCUGUGGCCAAACUCCUAGGGACCGUCAUGGCUACGGCUCUUAUGCCUAAACAAGCUGCUGUGAUGCGUCAGAAUGUGAAACGGGCGACACUUGACGAGGUUUUGGAGUUAAUGGCCACAGGUUUCCUGCGUGGUGGAUCUGGUUUCUUGAAAAGUGGAGGCGAAAUGUUGAAGGGAGGCGUUUCCGUCAGCAGAGAAGUCCGUGUGGGCGUCACACAGGCCUAUGUUGUAUUUGUUACCACGCUUGGUGGGCAGUGGCUGGAGCGCAACUUUGCCACCUUCCUCUCCCAUGUUUUGGACCUUGUUUCCAAUCCAAGGGCUACACAAACGCAUGUUGAAGCGGUGUACUCACGACGGUGUGUCUCCUUUAUGCUACGUGCCACCUUGGGUGGCUUACUUGGCGAGAAAGCGCAGAUAGCAGCUGGCAAAGAAAUCUGCCAAGCCAUCAGCAAGCAAAUGAGGGCUGUGGAGGCAGUUGUCAAUGACCUCAAUGGCGAAAACAAGACAGCGGACGUUUCUGCCAGCCAGCAUGUUAUGGUUUGUGCCCUAAAAGAACUGGGAAGCCUUGUUCAGAGCCUGAGUGCCACAGCGUCGCCUCUCAUUCAGGAGCCAUCUAUUGGCCUUCUUGAAACUGUGACCUCAGUGUUGCUGCACCCAAGCAUGGCCGCUCGUUUGGCUGCUGCUUGGUGCCUGCGUUCUGUUGCUGUGGCACUGCCCUAUCAGUUAACACCAUUGUUGGACCGUUGUGCUGAGAGAAUUAACAAUCUCAAAAGUUCACCGGAGGCUGUUAGCGGAUACAGCUUUGCAAUGGCAGCUCUGCUUGGAGGUGUACAUCAGUGCCCUCUAGGAAUCCCGCACGCUAAGGGCAAGUUGGUGGUAAGUAUUGCUGAAGACCUCCUUCGGACGGCUGCUCAGAACAGCCGACUGUCCUUGCAGCGAACACAAGCUGGAUGGUUGCUGCUGGGUGCACUCAUGACCUUGGGGCCCUCCCUGGUACGUUAUCACCUUCCCAAGAUGCUUUUGCUGUGGAGGAAUGUGUUUCCUCGCUCCCAGAAGGAGCUGGAGGCAGAAAAAGCAAGGGGGGACUCCUUUACUUGGCAGGUCACCCUAGAAGGCCGAGCUGGUGCACUAUGUGCAAUGCGAAGUUUUGUGGCCCACUGUCCAGAGCUCCUUACUGAGGAUGUCAUCCGUAGACUGAUGACACCCAUUGAAUGUGCUAUGACUAUGAUAUCUCAUGUCCCUGCCAUCAUCAAAGUUCAUGGUGCACAUCUAAAAGCAAGUGCAGCAAUGGUGAGACUGAGGCUGUAUGACAUAUUGGCUCUAUUGCCCCCUAAAACAUAUGAAGGCAGCUUCAAUGCCCUACUUAGGGAGCUGGUGGCAGAAUUCACCUUGACCGACAACUCAUCCAACACUACCACUUCUUUGUUGCGCUCUCUUUGUCACUAUGAUGACAGUGUGCUCAUGGGCUCUUGGCUGCAGGAAACAGACCACAAGUCCAUAGAGGAUCAGCUGCAGCCCAACAGUGCAUCUGGUAGUGGAGCUUUGGAGCAUGAUCCCUCCUCUAUAUACCUGCGAGUGCCUGUAGGUGAAGCCAUCCCAGGUCCACUCCCUUUGGGGGUAUCAGUCAUUGAUGCCUCUGUGGCUCUGUUUGGUGUAGUUUUCCCGCACGUGUCUUUCAAACACAGGUUGCAGAUGCUUGACCACUUUGCAGAAUGUAUCAAGCAGGCUAAAGGAGUUCGCCAGCAAGCUGUCCAACUCAACAUAUUUACUGCUGUGCUGAGUGCUCUCAAGGGUUUAGCGGAGAACAAGAGUACUUUGGGCCCAGAGGAGGUCCGCAAAUCAGCCUUGGCCCUAGUGAUGGGGGCUCUAGACAAUCCCAAUCCAAUUUUGCGCUGCGCUGCUGGUGAAGCCCUCGGCAGAAUGGCACAGGUCGUGGGAGAGGCUACUUUCAUCGCACGAAUGGCCCAGACUAGCUUUGACAAGCUGAAGUCAGCUCGUGAUGUAGUGUCAAGGACAGGUCAUUCACUGGCUCUCGGCUGUCUGCAUCGAUAUGUGGGAGGAAUUGGCUCUGGUCAGCACUUAAAGACCAGUGUUAGUAUUUUAUUGGCGCUCGCCCAGGAUGGAUCGUCACAUGAGGUCCAGACAUGGGCUCUUCAUUCUUUGGCUCUUAUUGUGGACUCAAGUGGUCCUAUGUACAGAGGUUAUGUGGAACCUACUUUGUCCUUGGUCCUUACCUUGCUCCUAACAGUGCCCCCCUCACACACAGAGGUGCAUCAGUGUUUGGGCCGCUGCUUGGGUGCUCUCAUCACUACAGUUGGACCAGAAUUACAAGGAAACGGUGCCACCAUCUCCACCAUACGCUCGUCCUGCCUUGUUGGCUGUGCUAUAAUGCAGGAUCACUCCGACUCGCUGGUGCAGGCAGCUGCCAUCUCCUGUCUGCAACAGCUCCACAUGUUUGCUCCUCGGCAUGUCAACCUCUCAAGCUUGGUGCCGUGUCUUUGUGUGCACUUAUGCAGCUCACACUUGUUGCUGCGCCGUGCUGCUGUAGCCUGUUUGAGACAACUUGCUCAGAGAGAGGCCUCCGAGGUCUGUGAGUAUGCCAUGAGCCUUGCAAAGAAGGCAGGAAAUGGCAAAGACGCUGCAAUAAAUCUGAACAUCACUGAGACGGGUCUUGAGGGUGCACUAUUUGGUAUGCUGGAUCACGAAACAGACAGGAAGUUGUGCUCUGAUAUUCAUGACACACUAGGCCACAUGCUGUCAUCACUUGCUGUGGAAAAGCUUUCUCAUUGGCUUAAGCUAUGCAAGGAUGUCCUUGCAGCAACAACAGAUGUAGGCGGAGCUGUUACGUUUGAAGUGGAAAAAGAUGAAGAAGACUCUGAGAAAAAAGACGAAAUGGACGAUGACAUCAUGUUUACGGGUUUAGGCGAAGAUGACAAAUCUAAGCUCUCGGUGGCACCUCGCUGGGUGACGCGAGUGUUUGCUGCAGAUUGCCUGUGCCGCAUUAUCCUGCUAUGUGAGAAUGCAGACAAAGCACAUUUUGACUUGGCAACUGCACGUUCUACACAAGCAAAGAACCCUAAAGGAGAUUUGUUGGUGCUCCAUUUGUCUGACCUCAUCCGGAUGGCUUUUAUGGCUGCUACAGACCACAGUAACCAGUUAAGAAUGGCUGGUCUGCAGGCCCUGGAAGACAUCAUUAAAAAGUUUGCAUGUGUUCCAGAGCCUGAGUUUCCAGGGCAUGUUAUCUUGGAACAAUAUCAGGCCAAUGUUGGAGCUGCACUUAGACCAGCUUUUUCACCUGAUACGCCAUCUGACAUAACAGCUAAAGCAUGCCAGGUGUGUAGCACUUGGAUUGGUAGUGGUGUGGUAAGUGACCUCAACGACCUGCGGCGAGUCCACAACCUGCUGGUUUCAUCACUAGACAAAGUACAAGCUGGGAAGGGUUCACCGAGUCAGCUGUACAGUGAGAGUGCAACCACCAUGGAGAAGCUGGCUGUGCUUAAGGCAUGGGCAGAGGUUUAUGUGGUGGCAAUGAAGAUCAAAAAAGAGGCGGAAUCGAAACCAGUCAAAACGGUUCAAAGUGGCGAUGAGGAAGAGGAUGAUCUGAGUGCAGAUGUGCUUCCACCUGACAGUCUCAUCACUUUAGUGCAACCUGAACUGCCCUCACUUAGCCGGCUAUGGUUGGCCAUGCUCCGAGAUCAUGCUCUGCUCACUCUGCCUGCAGAGUUUUCCAGCCAGCUGCCCCCUGACGGUGGAGCAUUUUAUACUCCAGAGACAAUUGACACAGCAAGGCUCCAUUACCGCAAUUCAUGGGCUCCAGUAGUGCAUGCUGUGGCUUUGUGGCUGAGCAGCACUAGCUUUGGUGCCUGCGAAGAAAAAAAAGAGGUUUCCCCAGUGCUGUCCAAGGCUGUCCAUACAGGAGCCUUGUCAACCGUUAAAACCUUUGAAGACUCCGUCAAAGACAGAAUGCAUCUAAUGUUAGGUGUCAGUAUAGAGUUUCUUUGCUUUCCCCGACCGGAGGAACCCAUUGAGCAUGUCAUGUCCUGCCUGUAUGCCUUGUCAACUCUGCUUGAAUCUCCCUGUGCAAAGACCCACAUUGCACAAGACCAGCUUCUGGCAGUGGAGCUCCUGAAUGUACUUCACAGAUUGUUGUUAACCCGGGACCCUCCUGCAGUCCAGCUCCAGGUGACUGCUGUAGUCCAAGAGACCAUAAAAGCUGCACUAGACCAUUUGCAGCAACAACAUAUCAAAAAAGGCAAAGAGGAGGAAGGCCUGAGAGAUUCUCAAUUCACCCUGGGGGAAGGGGGCGAGAUGGGGGAGCUUGUCCCUGGCAAUUCUCUGGUGUUUGCAGCAAUGGAGUUGCUGGUUUUCAUCCUGGUACGGCACUUACCACAGCUCAAUACACGUGUGAAAGAGUCGCCCACCCAUGUGACGAUCAGGCCUCAGCGACUACCUGAGGAAAGUGCGCGCUUGGUGGCAAAAACUGUUUCCAUCCUGGCCGAACUGCCGUCACUCUGCUCCCCUGCUGGAAGCAUGACCAUCCUACCCACUGUACUUUUCCUAAUCACCGGGGUGCUGAGGGAAACUGCAGUUAAGACUGCUGACAACUCUGUCCCUACAGCUGUGUCUGCUGCGCUGCAGGGCAUAAAGACCAUCAUCACCUCCCCAUUGGCUCGGGUGGAUAGCCUCCAGACCCAGUGGACUGCCCUUGUGAGAAGUAGCCUGGCUUCUAUACUCGAGGAUUCACAACCAGAUGAGUCCAGACCUGACAUGGAUGAGAUUAGUAUGCUGACAGCAAUUACACUCUUCCUACUGUCUGCUAGUAAUGAACUUGUAGGGGUGACUGUCCUCCAAAAGGGCUGCAUGGAACGUUUCCGUAAUGCCCUCAAUUCUAGUGACCCCUGGGUUCAGGCACGCUGUUACCAGCUGCUCUUGUCAGUGUUUCAACAUCCCAGCCGACCCCUUUCUACCCCUUAUAUUCACGCUCUGGCUCCACGCGUGGUAGAGAAGCUGAAGGCAGUGGAGCGCAGUCGACCAAGGACUGCUGCUGAGCUGCAGGCUGUGCAAGAGGGAAUCAAGGUCCUGGAGAAUCUUGUUGGCAUGGGCGAAGAGCAAAACCGAGUACAGCUGGUGGCCCUUCUUGUUCCAACGCUUAUCUCAUAUCUUUUGGAUGAAAAUGCCAUUCCUUCUGCUUCCAAAGUCUCGAAAAGCCUGCAUGACUUUGCUCUUCAGAACUUAAUGCGCAUCGGCCCUCUAUAUCCAGCUGCCUUCAAGAUGGUUAUUGGUGCAGCACCUGAUCUUAAAACCCGUCUGGAAUCUGCUGUUCGGGCAAAUCAGGCUAGCAGCAAAGCUAAAGAUGCAGCACGCCAAUCUCAGCCAGCAGUCCAAGUUGCGCCAACCAUAAAACUGAAAACUAGCUUCUUCUAAACCCACCGUUUUUACAAAGACAUUUGUUAGAAGAAUGUUUGUUCCUCUGCAUCAAAUACAAUUUCUUAAAUGUAUUAAUUUACAUUUCAUUUGUGUCUUACACAAACAAGAGAGACUUCUUAGGAUGUUGAAAUGCCUCUGAAUGUUCACUGAAAAGAUUGUCCAUCUAAAAUCCAUUAUACAUUUUAAUCACAUCGGUGUUUUCUGGUGUGAUCACAUUUCUGUCAUUAAUACAUGAUCUACUUCUGCCCCUAGUCUUUUUGUUUUACCUUAACCCACCACUUCUAAUUGUAUGUCACCUUAAAUCUAAACAUUUAAAUUAUAUUAAACCAUAAAUUAUACAUUCCAAUGCUGUUGUAGUUAUGUGUUUAUUAUCCAAGUUGACAUCAUUUCUGCCUCCACGGGCCACAUAAAAUAAUGUGGCUUGCCAGAAGUAGCUCCUGAGCCUUGAGUUUGACACAUGUGGUGUAAACACUUGCCGAGAUUUAUAGGAAUAAAGUGUGUCAUAUUGAUACUGGGUUCCUUGUGAAAUUGUUCAUGUUUCGUCAGAAGUCAUGAACACAAAUAAUGUUCAGAUAGACUGUUAUUAUUUUAGUAUUUCAGAAGUGUGUAUAAACAUGGUCCCCUUUUGCUUUGAUUAGAAACCAGGGAAAAAUCUCAGGUUCAAUACGGUUGCUGAGUCAUUACAGAAUGAUUCCAUGCAAAUAUGAGAAGUGAGUAAAAGUUGUGUUGGCCAGGUUUUUAUAGGUUUUUGUUUUGCAAGUUGAUUGAUAGUUGAUGCUUCACUGGUUUUAUUUUCGAAAUAAUUCCUACAUUGCUAUGGAGGUAGAUUUGAGCCAUUAAAAUCUGAUCAAUCCAAAAAAUCCUCACUUCACUCAGAAAAACCUUUUCAAUAAAAAUUGAAAUUUGAGAGCAAAAAUAUAUUUGAGACAAAAAAAAAAAAAUAGAUUGAACGUGUUUUCGCUAAUAGAAUAGAUUUUUUUAUGUAAUGUGUUUUGGCCAUAUGGGUUUAUAAAUUGGCGGCACGGUGGCUGAGUGGUUAGCACAUCUGCCUCACAGUUCUGAGAUCAAGGGUUCAAUCCUGGGCUUCGGCCUUCCUGUGUGGAGUUUGCAUGUUCUCCCCGUGCGUGCGUGGGUUUCCUCCGGGAACUCCGGUUUCCUCCCACAUCCCAAAAA